ACAAGUUCAGUAGUCAACAUGGCGGGGCAGCAGGGUGAUGUUGAUGAACUCUUCGAUGUGAAAAAUGCUUUUUAUAUCGGUAGUUAUCAACAAUGUAUCAACGAGUCUCAGAAGGUGAAGCCAUCAUCCCCUGAGAAGGAGAUUGAAAGGGACAUGUUUUUGUAUAGAGCAUACAUUGCCCAGAGAAAGUAUGCUGUUGUCCUGGAUGACAUCAAAGCCAACUCUCCUCCUGAGCUCCAGGCUGUAAAGAUGUUUGCAGAGUAUCUGUCCAGUGAAAGUAAACGGGAUGCAAUUGUUGCCGAUUUGGAUAAGAAGAUGACCAAGAAUGUGGAUGCUGCCAACUCUACUUUCCUCCUCAUGGCGGCCUCCAUCUACUAUCACGAGCAGAACACUGAUGCCGCUCUCAGAUCUCUGCACCAAGGAGAAAGUCUUGAGUGCAUGGCCAUGACCAUUCAGGUGCUUCUGGGUCUGGAUCGUGUUGACUUGGCAAGGAAGGAGUUGAAAAAGAUGCAAGAACAGGAUGAGGAUGCCACUCUAACCCAGCUAGCUACAGCCUGGGUUAAUAUUGCUGUGGGUGGAGAGAAGCUGCAGGAUGCCUACUACAUUUUCCAAGAGAUGUCUGACAAGUACUCGUCCACACUGUUGCUGCUCAACGGGCAGGCGGCCUGUUACAUGGGUCAGAACAAGUGGGAGGAGGCGGAGGGAGUGCUACAGGAGGCUCUUGAUAAGGACAGCAGCCACCCUGAGACGCUGAUCAACCUCAUAGUGCUGACCCAACACUUGGGCAAAGCUCCUGAGGUUACCAGCCGGUAUCUCUCUCAACUGAAAGAUGCACACAGAGCCCACCCAUUCCUCAAGGAUUAUUUGGCUAAGGAGAAUGAGUUUGACCGACUAGCGAUGCAGUAUGCCCCCACUGCUACAGCAUGAAGCAUCUGCUCUUACCAAAGCACCUUAAAAGUGGAGUUUAGUUAAAUACAAUGAAGACAGUACUCUCACUCAUUCAUGUUUUGUUUUUUAUUAUUGUUUGCUGUAACGUUUAGAUCACAUUAGCAGUCCUAAUUUCUCUCAAAACAUAAGGAAACCUGUUGUGAUAUCCAUACUUUAUGCAUUUACAUACAUCAGCAUUUCUGUGUAAUACAACCAUUCCUUUAAAAUAAUAAAUCUUUAUGAAAACUC